CGCCGCUGCUCUCUCUCUCUUGCUUCACCACUCAUUUCACACUCUACGCACUGGCUCUAUACCGCCGUAGCUCUCCAACACGCUUGAUGGCACACGGGAGAGGCUUCAGUUGGUUGCCAUCUCCUCACCCCACCGCUAGAUACCUCCAGAUCCUGCACACUGUUCCUUUAACACUACAUCUUUUGUGAUAUUUUGCUCGGAGCAUACAUACUGUAGUUCUGACUUCUAAUUAUUCCUAUUUCCCACCAGCACUAUCUACUCACUGAUGCAUUUUAAUUAGCCUUUUUUUUUUUUCAGUGAGGCGGCUUUUUGAGAGCAAACGGUCUCGGGGCCGUCGUACUGACAAACAGACUCCACAUAAAGAUAAGAGGCGAUGCAGCACAUGACAAACUGAAGACAAAGUAAACAUAAUAAGAGAUUCGUAGCUGCUGUGUUUCUGCAGAAGAUGAUUUAGUAAUCAGUGAACAGAUAAAUCCUUCAAAUUGUACGGGGAUCAACUCUGAAGUCUUUGCCAACUGUUUGUGAUUUGUCAUUCUGUAACAACACCUCUUCUGUGAUCCAGCCUGCAGGUGGUUAGGCAAUAUCAUGUGGCUUUAUGAUAACAUAACUCAAUAAGACAGCAGUAGAUUUUAUCAAUUGAACUAAUUUAGUUGAAGGUGCAGUGCAAUAAAAAUAUUCAUUUAAUAUCUAUUGCUUCCUGAACCUGAAGCUCAGCAGUCAGCAACAUGAUAACUGGAGCCAAGCCGUAAACCGCUGCCACUGCUGCUCUCUGAUCUGGUGUCCAAAGGGCAGGCAGAAUGCAGCGGUGCAGUAACAACAAAGUGUGCUGUUAUUAUUGCUGAAAAGAGAGUCGGAAACACAGCCAUGGCGGAGAAUGAGGACCGGGGGAAACCUGUGGAGAGGAGAGGGAGGUUAACUGUGGUCCUGGUGUUAGCGACGCUCAUAUCUGCAUUUGGUUCAUCAUUCCAGUACGGUUACAACGUGGCUGUGAUCAACUCUCCAUCACCGUUCAUGCAGCAGUUCUACAACACCACCUACAUGGAGCGUUACGGCACACCGAUGGAGGAGAACUUCCUAACUCUGCUGUGGUCUCUCUCGGUGUCCAUGUACCCGCUAGGAGGCUUCUUCGGCUCCCUGCUGGUGGCCCCGCUGGUCAACAAACUAGGGAGGAAGGGCACCCUCCUCUUCAACAACAUCUUCUCCAUCGUCCCCGCCGUGAUGAUGGGAGUCAGCGAGAUCGUCGAGUCCUAUGAGAUCAUCAUCGUGGCGAGGUUCAUCGUGGGCAUCUGUGCAGGUCUCUCAUCCAACGUGGUGCCCAUGUAUCUGGGAGAACUCGCUCCCAAAAACCUGAGGGGAGCCCUUGGCAUCGUACCGCAGCUCUUCAUCACCAUCGGCAUCCUCAGCGCUCAAGUGCUGGGCAUCAGACACAUACUGGGCAACAGCACAGGCUGGACCCUCAUGCUGGGUUUGACCGGCAUCCCCGCCCUGAUAGAGCUCCUGUUGCUGCCCUUCUUCCCAGAGAGCCCCAGGUACAUGCUCAUCCAGAGAGGAGACGAGGAGACGGCAAAGAGAGCGCUGCAGCGUCUGCGCGGCGGGGACGACGUGGACGCCGAGCUGUCAGAGAUGCGUCUGGAGGACCAGUCGGAGAAGGCCGAGGGCCACCUGUCUGUGCUCAGCCUGCUGUCCCAGCGCUCCCUUCGCUGGCAGCUGGUCUCCAUCAUCGUCAUGAACAUGGGCCAGCAGCUGUCGGGGGUUAAUGCGAUCUACUACUACGCAGACAGCAUAUACGGCUCAGCAGGAGUCAAGCAGAAUGACAUCCAGUACGUCACAGUGGGAACGGGUGCAGUGAACGUCUUCAUGACCAUAGCUGCUGUCUUCAUCGUGGAGGCGUCAGGACGACGGCUGCUCCUCCUCUGUGGUUUUGGGAUCUGCUGUGGAGCCUGUGUGCUGCUCACUGUCGCUCUCAACUUCCAGGAGAGCGUGACGUGGAUGCCCCAAGUCAGCAUCGCCUGUGUCAUCAUCUACGUCAUAGGACACGCCAUAGGACCCAGUCCCAUUCCUUAUGUGGUGACCACCGAGAUGUUCAGGCAGUCGGCCAGGCCUGCGGCCUUCAUGGUCGCGGGCUCCGUCCACUGGCUCUCCAACUUUACCGUGGGCCUCGUCUUCCCCUUCCUAGAGAGAGGUCUGGGCCCCUACAGCUUUAUCAUUUUCUCCUUCGUCUGUCUGGUCACGCUGAUCUACAUCUGGCUGGUGGUCCCGGAGACCAAGAAUAAGACCUUCCUGGAGAUCUGCCAGAUGUUCGCCGAGAGGAACAAAGUUGAGAUCAAACUGGGUGACGGGGAUCUGCCGCUGAAGGGGAGCAAAGAAAGCCUGGAGGAUGCGGAGAGGGUCACGACCUUCUGAAUGGAAGCAUUCAGAGGAGAGGAAGUCUUCACUCUGGGGGAGGAUUGACUGUCUUAAUUUAGCCUCCUAUUUUCCAUUUCACAAGGAAUCUUUGCACAAUCUGUUUUUGUGGCUUUAAGCUCUUUGUGCAGUUCAAUACCUUAAAGUUAAGCCUUAUAUAGGUAAGAAUGAGUCAUUAAACAAACCAAUAAGUCACAUGUAAGCCUUUAUUGAUAUGAAUACAAGACAUGGCUGAAGCUAUAAGACACAGUUUGCAUUAAAUAUUGACUUACAGGUGC